AUGCUGCAAUCAAGGUGUUGGCAACAAGCAAAAACCUCUUCAUUCUUAUUGAUAAAGCGAUUUUUCACUUUUCAGAAUGAAAAACCUGUGCUAACUCUGUUCACAAAGGAUCCAUGUCCACUGUGUGAAGAAGCUAAAGAAAUUCUUGCACCAUAUAUGCAUAGGUUUACUUUCGAACAAGUGGACAUCACUCUUCCAGAAAACUCUGCUUGGUACGAGAGAUAUAAAUACGACAUUCCUGUUUUUCACUUAAAUGGACGGUUUCUAAUGAUGCACAGAGUAAACUUGAAAAAACUGGAGAAGUCUCUUGAUAAACUGAAGCAGCAAGAUGAAAAACCAUGACUGUCUAGUAUGGGUUAAAAUAUAUCCCUCUGCUGACAUUUAUUUUUGUGUUGUUUAUUAAAGAAAAUAAUGUAUAUACCCUAAAAGUCUGAUCUGCCAUACGCUGAAAACUCUGUAUAAGUAAUACAUUUCAUUAGGAUUCCCUUGUUGGUACAAUUGUAAUUUAUUUUUUUAUGUGCACCGAGUUAUUACAGUUCAAACAUCUUUCGGAUAAGUACAGACUUACAUUUUAUAAAGAGUUCUUUAUUGAUUUAAUAAUACAAUGCAAAUGUUUAGAAA